AUGCCUCCUCGACGUGUUGUGGCUGUCUCUGAGCCCGCCACUUCUCCUCUUGCGUGGCCAAAGAUCAAUGAUCCCUUCGCUCAGAAGGUCAUCGACGCUGCCACCUUCGCCGACCUUGUUAGGACCAGCUUCGCCGACGAACCUGAGCGGUAUCGUCAAUUCUUCGACAUGAUGCUGUGGCACGAGCGGCACCCCCUUAACGUGAAAGGGCUUGGCCAUCGCGCCAUGCAAGUCUUCGCCGGCCACCCCGACUUGAUAAGCGGUCUGCGCGUUGUUUGUCCGAAGCUGCCCGGACCCAAGAAAGGGACUUCGGAGCAGCGCAGAGGGGGGCAUCUGGACGCGCUGAUGAAGGAGCGCUUCCGGGAGCAGCCAGAGAAGUACCAGAGGCUACGAGAUAUAGCGGAUAAGCACAAUAGCAAGGGAGCACAAGGAAAAGGCACGGCGAAGAAGGGCAAGAGAGGCUGGAAGCGCAAGGGAGGGUCCGGGAGGCCGCUCAAGGUCCACGAGGAAGAAAAGUCUAAGGUGGAGAAGGAUGGGCAAGUGGAGGCGCCACGAUAAAUGUUGUACGACUGUCUCUUUCUCGUCCUGUGUGCCGCAUGAUACAUCAUCUCUCUUCCCCUUUAUAAUUGCCUUCGCACUACGCAAUCCUCCACGGCG